AUGCCACCACUUUCAAAACGUGAAAAACAAAUAAAAAGUUUAGCGAAAGAUAAACGAAAAAAAAAUCAAAACUUUACUGUGCCUUUAGAAAAUUCAGAUAUUGAUGAUAAUUUGGAGUGGAAAAAUGAGGAAGAAGUCAUAUGGAGAGACGAUGAAAAAAGAGCACAAGCUAAAAAACUUUUGGCUAAAAAUGGUCAACCAAUAACGAAUUUUUUUAACCCAUUUCAACUCCAACCUCAUGCACUUAAUGAUCCCAAUAAAUCUGAUCAGAAAUCAAAUCAAUCUGAUAAUCAGGAAUCUGAACAUGAAGAUCAUUGCGAAUAUGGACAAUUAAUUAAAUCUGUUGAAAAGGAAUUAAAGCAAAGCAAUCUUGAUGGUGGUUAUAAGCUAAGAUUAAUUGCUUUGUUGCAGUAUCUAAUGCUUGUUAACCAUAAAGAGCCAAAAAUUAAAGCAAGCCUCUGUAUUGCACGGCAAUUAAAUAAAGGAUCAUAUUUUGCACGUUGUCUUAGAGUAUGGGAAAAAUUAAUAAGGAAUGGUGAGACCAUUCCAAUUUCUAAAUGGGAAAAACAUUGCAAAAUUCAAAGUUUACUUAAUGACAAAGAUAUUCAAAUUCAGAUAGUAACAUAUUUACGUGAAAAUAAAUUUGAAUUUUAUAUGGCUGAUUUCAUUGAUUAUAUAAAGAAUAUUGUUUUCCGUCACUUGGAAUUAAACAGGAAACAACAAUAA